AUGACAACCAGCAAACGACCAAACUUCCUCGUCAUUGUCGCCGACGACCUGGGCUUCAGCGACCUCUCAGCCUAUGGAUCCGAAAUCGACACCCCCAACCUCGACAAACUCGCCCAGGAAGGCAUUCGCAUGACCGACUUCCACACAGCAGCAUCAUGUUCCCCGACGCGAGCGAUGCUGCUCUCCGGCACAGACGCCCACAUCGCGGGUCUCGGGGGCAUGGCCGAGCGAAUGAAUCGCUUUCCGGAAAUCUUCAAAGGAAGGCCAGGAUACGAAGGCUAUCUCAACUUCCGCAUCGCUGCAUUGCCCGAGAUCAUGCAAGAUAAUGAUUAUUUCACUGUAAUGUCUGGAAAGUGGCAUCUGGGACUGGAAAAAGAGCUGAGUCCGUCGGCUCGGGGCUUCACGAAAGUCCUGACGACUUUACCAGGUGCUGGGAAUCACUAUAAUCACGAGCCACAGCUCUACGGCGAAACGGAGAAGCCGCGCGCGAUUUUGAAGGAGAAUGGGCUCUGGAUGGAAAAUGACCAGUUCAUUGAUGGAGGGAAGGAUCUGCCGAAGGAUUUCUAUUCUUCGAAUUCAUUCACGGACUAUAUGCUUAAAUAUCUGGAUGAGCGAACCGAACGAGAGAAAGAACAGUCUUUCUUCGCCUACCUCCCCUUCACCGCACCUCACUGGCCUCUUCAAGCCCCGCCCGAGACCAUCCGCAAAUACCGCGGCAAAUACGAUGGUGGACCCCUGGCCCUGCGAGAUCGUAGACUACACGGUCUCAUUGAGAAAGGCAUUGUGCCAGCAGACGUAGAGCCAGCCCCGCUACACACCCUCGACACAACGCCCUGGGCGGACCUGCCAGAAGAUGGACAGCGGAAAUCAUGUCGAUCGAUGGAGAUAUUCGCCGCAAUGGUGGACCUCAUCGACGUGAACGUCGGCCGAGUACGAGAAUACCUCGAGUCCACCGGCGAGUGGGACAAUACCUUUGUCGUCUUCAUGUCCGACAACGGCGCCGAGGGUCAACUCCUCGAGGCCAUCCCCAUUCUGGCAGGGGCUACACUCAAUGACCUCCUCAAAAAAUACUACGACAACUCGCUCGAGAACAUGGGCAACCACAACUCGUUCGUCUGGUACGGACCGCAGUGGGCCUCAGCCGCAACGGCGCCUAACCGCGGCGCCAAAUCGUAUACAACAGAAGGGGGGAUCCGCUGUCCAUGCAUCGUCCGGUAUCCAGCCGGUACACAGCUGCCACCGGGGACAGUGACCAACACAUUUACCACGGUCAUGGACGUCCUUCCAACCAUCCUCGAUCUAGCGGGCAUCCCACACCCUGGGAAAGAAUUUCGCGGCCGAGAAAUCGCCCCUAUCCGGGGUAAAUCAUGGCGGGCACUCCUCGAAUCAUCAAAAGACCAAAAUGUCACCCUAUACGACCCGCAACGCGAUAUCGUUGGCUGGGAACAGUUUGGAAUCGCGGCUGUUCGCGUCGGUCAUUGGAAGGCGUUGUAUCUGCCUCCGCCGCGUGGACCAGGCAGGUGGGAGCUGUACGACCUGGAGACGGACCAGGGGGAGAUUCACGACUUGGCCGAGACCCAUCGGGAGAGAUUGUUGGAGAUGAUUGCGCAUUAUGAGACUUAUUUUCAGGAGUCCGGGCUCUUUGAUGCGUAUGCCAUGGUGCAGGCGGUAUUGAAGAGUCGGGGGGAGAAGCGGUGGUGGUAG